UAUUUUUCAUAUUCUAGGGUUUAGCUAGGGUUCUUGGCCAGGAUGGGAAGAAUGAAGAGGGCCAGCGCGUUCGUGGUCGCUGUGGCGCAGAAGCUCGUCCGGGACGAUCGAUCGGCUGCAAUGUGUCGUCUGCAGCCGCUCCUGGAGCGCGCCAUUGCGGAUUUGCCUUCCGGGAAGCUGCGAUCGGCGCUGGAAUCCGAUUUGCCGAGGUAUGGAGACCUACUGUGCAAGACAGUGAAGGAAAUGCUGGAUUCUACUCAAUGCGAGGAGCUGCCGGGUGAUAAUCUGCUCCAGGUUUCACAGGGACCGGUAGUGACAGACGCGGCUUUUGGAAAAUCUGUGGAAGCUGUGAUAGUGGCUGUAGAGAAUUUGGCAGGGCACGGUGAGAGAUUGAAGGAAUGGAUUAGUUCGUGUAGGAGGCUCUUGGUGUGUCGUCCGGAUUCUCCAUUGGCCUUGUGGUGGGCGUACGCAGCACUGGAGCUCCAUUGCUCACAGGAUUUGGCAUUAGCACAGGAAAACAAGGAGAAGGUGGCAGUUCACGUUAUCUCCUCGGCCAAGGAUUUGAUGCAUCGUUUGAGAGGGUUGACGACAAAUCCAUUUGCUGCGGUGGCUGCGAUGGCUCCCGUGGUUGCUGCUCUUUCGGAAGCUGGCUCUAUCAUCACAUCUUCUGGUUCCUGUCCAUCAAAGUCGUGGCGCAACGCUGUAAAGUUGCUCGAGUUGGCAUGCAAGGAGGUUUUGGGAAGCAUAGCGCUUUACACAAGUCGACAGCAAGCGAGGCCAUCUCAAACUCUAAGGAGCGACGAUUCUUCGUCGUUGGAUUUUCGAGGCCUGGUACUGGCUGGAAAGGGACUGAUGAAGCUGACCGGGAUCGAGAACAGCGACAACAAAGGUGUUGCGAAGCUUUUUCCACUCUCCUCGAAAGCGAUGAAGAAUUCGAUGAUGGUGGAAAGUGGUGACAUGGAAACCUGUGCAGGCAUUGUAGCUUCUGAGGCCGUGCUACUGCGAGUGAUCGUGAGCGUCCUGGAACUGCGCGGUAAGAGUGAGAAGAAGGUGGACUUGGAAAAUCACGAUUUUUCGGAGCGCCUCAAGUUUCUGGCGGUGCACGGUGCAGAUAUGCUUGUGGAUGUGUUAUUGGAUCCAAUUCUUCCGGUGGAACAUAUUUUGAACACGGAGGAAGAAUUAUUCUUGAGAGGAAUCCUGUACGAUGUUGUGCUGGCAGAUUUACCUAGACUCAACGACCAGCACCUUGGAGCCAACGCAAAGUUUUCUCUCUUUUUGAAAAAGAUUGGGCUAGCGCAACGUGCAAUGGAGUUUUAUAGAUUACGAGGUGCCCGAACAAAAGCCGUUGAACUUUCCUCCCGGCUACCGUCAUGGAGUGUCCCAGCUGGAUUUGCUCAGUGGUUACAGUCGUCUAAAAUGGAAGGCAAGCCUGCCGAUAAUAUACUCUUGAACCCGCGCACCUUGAUAGGGUGGCUGACAAGCGUUAACGAGGAAGUUCUUGCAUCUACCAUAGCGAAUUGUGUUUCUGAGAAGGGUCGCAGCAAGAAGAUCGAUCAAGCUACAGAUGCUGAAGAAGUUGGCAACAUUUUCUUUGUUGAUACGAAGGGAGAUUCUGAUAUACAGGGCGACAAAGAAGAACUAGAAGCGGCUGACCGAGCCUUUGCUAGCGCAGCUGAAUGCAUACAAGAAGAACACGCAAAGGACGCACAGGAAUCAGCUGAGAGUGAGGGAGGAGAUUCAGAUGAAAGCGACAAAGAGGAAGAAAAUGCGCAGGAGGAGGAUGGAGGGAAUAAACAGGAAAGUAAACAGGACCCUGAUACGACAGGAAUGGUGAUAAUUGAUGGUCUUCGGCACGACAUUGAAGUUGUUUUGGUCAGUGAAGCUGCACUUUCGAAGAUGGAAGUUUCAGAACCCGAGGUCGCUGUAGCUGAAGCUGCGGAGGCUUUUGCUGCUCAGGAUGCACCUACUACAAUCGACGCAAGGAUUGACGAACCGGAUGAACCUGCUACACUCAAUUCAAGGAUUGACGAACCCGAUGAACCUGCUACACUCUAUUCAAGGAUUGACGAACCGGAGGACAAUGCCGAGAAAAUGGAAAGUGAUCAACAGUUUUCUACCCCUGUUGAGGAGAAGCCACAGCCAGUAGCCGGAGCAGAAGUGGAAGAGACGAAUGAAGCUAAGAUACCGAAAAUACCGAAAACACCGAAGACGUCGAGAAGCUCGGUGGUUACUACACCGCAAUCUCUGCCGGUGGUUCGUUGCACUCGCAGUGGUAGAAAAUACGGCGAUUUUGUGCAACAAUCUGUGCCUGCGUCAAUGAAGAGACGGAGGGUUUCAAAAACAGAAGCAGACGCCGCCGCUGUUGCCGCAGAUUCACAAGUACCUGAACAGGUGCAACACUAAUCCCAAAGAUUGUUCUGUCAUCAUUUCGCAAUUUCUAAGGACUCGAUCAAAUUCUCUGGUGUAGGACGAGGAAACAUUGUGCAUAUCGCUGCGGGGCCAGCACACAGCCAGCUUUUAUUGGUGGAACACUUGGGAUGUCCAG